AAAGACGGUGACUGGAAGAUCGGUGUACCUUGCUGAAGACUGAAAUAAUCGUGAUUUUAUAGUUGUUGUCUGCUAUCAUUUGUUUAUAUCACUUAAAUAAAAUGCUGUCUUUUCAUAUUUAUUUCAGGCCUGAUGGAGGAGACACACUAUGUUAAAAUGAGAGAAAAAACUCACUCACCGAAGAGAAAAGACAGAAAACGUGUCACCUGCACUCAGUGUGGGAAGAGUCUGGCAAACAAAGAGAAUCUCAAGAGCCACAUGAGGAUCCACACCGGAGAGAAACCAUUCACAUGUUCUCAGUGUGGGAAGAGUUUCAGAGACUCAUCAGCCCUUAGUAGACACAUGUUGAUCCACACUGGAGAGAAAACACACAAGUGUGAUCAGUGCGGAAAAUCAUUUCUGUUGGCUUUAAGCCUGAAUGAUCACCUUAGAGUUCAUGCAACUGAGAAGCCUUCAUGCUCUGUGUGUGGAAAGAGUUUUGCACAUCAAGUAAAUUUAAGAAGACAUCAGAAGAUCCACACCGGUGUGAGAGAGUAUGUGUGCUCUGAGUGUGGGAAGACUUUUUUUACAUCUACAAGCUUACAACAACACCAGAUGAUUCACACUGGAGAGAAACCUUAUAUAUGUUCACACUGCAGCAUGAGAUUUAGUCAGUUGUCACAUCUGAAAAUACACGAGAGGAUUCACACUGGAGUGAAACCGUACAAGUGUUCACACUGUGACAAGAGAUUUACUCAGUUGGGAAGCCAGAAAACACAUGAGAGGACUCACACUGGAGAGAAACUGUACAAGUGUUCACACUGCGACAUGAGAUUCAUUCAGUCAUCACAAAUGAAAUCACAUGAGAGGAUUCACACUGGAGAGAAACCGUACAUGUGUUCACACUGCGACAUGAGAUUCAGUCAGUCAUCACAAAUGAAAUCACAUGAGAGGAUUCACACGGGAGAGAAACCAUACAAGUGUUCACACUGCGACAAAAGAUUCAAUCAGUUAGGAAGCCAGAAAAGACAUGAGAGGACUCACACCGGAGAGAGACCGUACAGGUGUUCACACUGCGACAUGAGAUUCAGUCAGUUAAGAAGCCUGCAAAUACAUGAGAGGACUCACACUGGAGAGAAACAAGUGAGAUUCAGUCAGUCAGAAACAUUGAAAAACACACAAGAGUGUCACGUCUGAGAGUAACCUUAACAUACAGAUAUGCAAACUUGCAGUAUUGAUGGGUUGUUCUGAAACAAAUCUUUAAUGUGACUCUGCAGUAACGAGUCCUUUCAGAGUGAUUCUUUCAUUGCUCUGUGUACAGAUAGGGGAAUAGUUCAAGAGGUCAAUAGUUAAAUCAAUAUUUUCAUCUGGAAGAGCUCAACUCAUUUAGUAUUCACGGCACCCAAAAUGUGUUAAACCCUGUCAAUACACAGUUAAAAGAUAUUAGAGAAUGUUUUGUUCUUUAAGUUUAGGAUAAUUCAUUAAUAUAGAUCGAUUAAAAUAUUCUACAAUGGCA